AUGUACGCCGGGCGGCCGAGCGGGGCGGAGGCCGCGGCGGCGGCGGCGCCUGCCGGGCGGACGCUGGGCUCCGUGGGACCUCUCCCGUCAGCGGCGGCGGCCUCGGCUGGCGGGCCGAGCGGGAGCGGCGGCGAAGGCGGGAGCGGCGGCGUGGGCGGCCGCGUGGAGCUGCUGGUCUUCGGCUACGCCUGCAAGCUGUUCCGCGACGACGAGAAGGCGCUGAAGCAGGAGCAAGGCCGCCAGCUGAUCCCCUGGAUGGGCGACGCCUCCAUCAUGAUCGAUAGGUCGAUUUGGCAGGAAGCCGAGCCCGAAGUCCCUUUGGUUGACCCUCCUCUUCCUGUUUGCAGAUACGAUGGGCGUGGCCACUUGCACGACCUUUCCGAAUAUGACGCCGAAUAUUCCACCUGGAACAGAGAUUACCAAUUAUCUGAAGAGGAAGCUCGAAUCGAAGCUCUCUGUGACGAAGAGAGGUAUUUAGCCUUGCGUACGGACUUGCUUGAGGAAGAGGCAAGGCAAGAGGAAGAAUACAAGAGACUGAGUGAAGCUUUGGCUGAGGAUGGAUCCUAUAAUGCAGUGGGAUUUACCUACAGUAGUGAUUAUUACGAUCCAUCAGAACCCACUGAGGAGGAAGAACAGCCAUUUAAGGCCAAAGUGGCCGCAGCCAAGGCAGAAAGCCUAGAAGAAAACGAAGAGCCGUUUAUCGCCCCUUCGGGAUUGAGCGUUCCUUCCGAUGUGGAACUGCCCCCCACCGCCAAAAUGCACGCCAUCAUCGAACGGACCGCCAAUUUCGUCUGCAAGCAGGGCGCCCAAUUUGAGAUUAUGCUGAAGGCAAAACAGGCUCGCAACUCCCAGUUUGAUUUCCUGCGGUUUGAUCACUACCUCAAUCCUUACUACAAAUUUAUUCAGAAAGCCAUGAAGGAAGGGCGCUAUGCUACGGAGAAGAAAAAAGAAGAGGAAAAAGAUGACAUGGAAUCUGAUGACGAAGACGACGAUGACAACGAAGGCAACUAUCUGCAUCCCAGCCUUUUCGCUUCUAAGAAACGGAGCAGGCUAGAAGAGCUGAUGAAGCCUCUGAAGGUGGUGGAUCCCGAUCACCCGUUGGCCGCCCUUGUCCGCAAAGCUCAAGCCGACAACCUCGCCAUUUCUCAGGCGAGCGAAGGAUCAACCGCUCCGUCGUCCCAAGUCGAAUAUUCUUCUGAUCCAGCCAUGGCAGCCAUGUACUACAGUUACUACAUGUUGCCUGAUGGGUCAUACUGCCUCGCCCCACCGCCACCUGGGAUUGACAUGGCUACUUACUAUAGCGCCCUGCCAGCUGGGGUGACGGUGUCAAGCACUACCGGCGUAGCCACGAUCACAGCGCCUCCGCCUCCCGGCACGACACCCCCACCCUCUUCAGAAGCAAGUGAAGACACAAGCGGUGCAUUGCCUGGCACAAGCACUUCAGCAAGCUCAAUUCCACCAGUGGUUGCCGUCAUCCCUCCACCUCCAGAUAUCCAGCCUGUAAUUGACAAGCUGGCAGAGUACGUUGCAAGAAAUGGGAUUAAAUUUGAGACCAGCGUUCGUGCCAAGAAUGAUCCGAGAUUUGAAUUUCUGCAGCCUUGGCAUCAAUACAAUGCCUACUACGAAUUUAAGAAACAGUACUUCCUUCAGAAAGAGGCUAGCGACAGCUCAAAGCAUGUCGCCUCUUUAUCUGAGGACGUCCCUACCGAUGCUGCGUCCGAUGCGGUGCCUGGAGAGACGCAGUUUCCCGCUGAGCAGAUUCCCGAAGAUGCCGAUGCAGCUGCUCAGGGAAGCAAUGCGAAGGACCUGGCCGCCAUCAAAAUUGCCAACGAUGGCAAGCUGAUAAAAGUUUCCUUUGCCCCCAUCAGCUUUGCGAUCCGGGCCAAAGAAAACGACAUGCUUCCCUUGGAGAAGAACCGGGUGAAACUUGACGACGAUAGUGAUGAGGAGGAGGAGGAAGGCAAAGAGGGCCAGGAGAACGCCGGCGGCACCUCCAACAGUGCCAGCCUCCUCGCCCUCUCCAGCAGCGCUCCGGAAGAGAAGAAGCCUCAGCUGACCCAAGAAGAACUGGAAGCCAAGCAAGCAAAGCAGAAAUUAGAAGACCGGUUGGCAGCUGCAGCAAGAGAGAAAUUAGCCCAGGCUUCCAAAGAAUCGAAAGAGAAGCAGCUUCAAGCGGAACGAAAAAGGAAAGCCGCCCUCUUUUUGCAGAAUCUGAAGAAUCCCCUGACAGACAUGGAAGUGGAAAAAAUGGAGGAAAGUGCCUUUAACAUAGAGGUGAGCACAUAG